GGCUGAGGGGAAGCGGAGGCGGCGGCGGCGCGGAGGCAGCGGUUUACCCUAGAGUUGGAAGACAGAGACAAUUCUAUUGUAUCCAUGUUGGGAAAGAGGUAAUUGCUGUAGACAAAGAGGGUUAACGCUGGUAUCACAGAAAAAUGAGUAUGUUAAAACCAAGUGGACUUAAGGCUCCAUCAAAGACCAUCAAGCAUGGAAGUAUGUUACUGAAAGCACCUGCAUCUGUUGCAACUGCUCCAGCAGAAAAGGCACCUUCCAGUGACAAGUCCUCAAGCACAACCACUGCAGACGCACACGACGACUUUGUGGAUGAUUUCAGAGUUGGAGAGCGUGUUUGGGUCAAUGGAAAUAAACCUGGCUUUAUUCAGUUCCUUGGUGAAACACAGUUUGCUCCAGGACAAUGGGCAGGGAUUGUUCUAGACGAACCAAUCGGUAAAAAUGAUGGCUCUGUGGCUGGAGUUCGCUAUUUCCAAUGUGAACCAUUGAGGGGAAUAUUUACAAGACCAUCAAAAUUGUCAAGAAAAGUGCUGACAGAAGAGGAAGCCAAUGGUACUCAGACAGCUCAUGCAUCUAGAGCUACAUCACCAACCUCCACAUCGACUGCCAGUGCGGUGUCUGCCUCCCCUGCUGCACUUCCCCCAACAGGAAUUCCACAGAAAACAUCACCACUUGCUGCUAAAGAACAUUCUACUCCUGCUCAGUUUAGCAAUCUUUCAAAAACUGCAAGUGGAUCUGUAUCAAAUCUGUCUGAAGCUGGAUCACUAAAGAAAGGAGAAAAGGAGCUCAAAAUUGGAGAUAGAGUUCUGGUGGGUGGAACAAAAGCUGGAGUUGUGCGUUUCUUGGGAGAAACUGACUUUGCUAAAGGAGAAUGGUGUGGAGUAGAGCUGGAUGAACCUCUGGGAAAGAAUGAUGGAGCUGUUGCUGGAACAAGGUACUUUCAGUGUCAGCCAAAAUAUGGUUUGUUUGCUCCUGUCCACAAAGUUACAAAGAUUGGAUUCCCAUCGACUACACCGGCAAAAGCAAAGACGACGGUGCGAAAAGUGGUUGCGACUCCUGCAGCCCUGAAACGAAGCCCAAGUGCAUCUUCCCUGAGUUCCCUCAGUUCUGUGGCAUCUUCAGUAAGCAGCAAGCCGAGCCGUACAGGACUAUUGACAGAAACAUCCUCCCGGUAUGCAAGAAAGAUUUCUGGUACCACAGCCCUGCAGGAGGCACUGAAAGAGAAGCAGCAGCAUAUUGAGCAGCUCCUGGCAGAAAGGGACCUGGAGAGGGCAGAAGUUGCAAAAGCAACCAGUCACGUGGGGGAAAUAGAGCAGGAAUUAGCACUUGUUCGAGAUGGACACGACCGGCAUGUACUGGAGAUGGAAGCAAAAAUGGACCAGCUGCGAGCUAUGGUGGAGGCUGCUGAUAGGGAGAAAGUGGAGCUUCUCAAUCAGCUCGAGGAAGAGAAAAGGAAGGUUGAAGAUCUUCAGUUCCGAGUGGAAGAAGAAUCCAUUACCAAAGGAGACCUAGAGGUGGCUACAGUAUCAGAAAAAUCUCGCAUCAUGGAACUAGAAAGAGAUCUAGCAUUGCGGGUGAAGGAAGUAGCUGAGCUUCGAGGGAGAUUAGAGUCUAGUAAACACAUUGAUGAUGUGGAUACUUCUCUUUCAUUGUUACAAGAAAUAAGUGCUUUGCAAGAAAAAAUGGCAGCAGCUGGCAAAGAGCAUCAGCGCGAGAUGAGCUCUCUGAAAGAGAAGUUUGAAAGCAGUGAAGAAGCGCUGCGGAAAGAGAUCAAAACGCUUACAGCUUCAAAUGAGAGAAUGGGAAAAGAAAACGAAUCAUUGAAAACUAAGCUUGAUCAUGCCAACAAAGAGAAUUCAGAUGUAAUAGAGCUGUGGAAAUCGAAGCUGGAAUCUGCAAUUGCUUCCCAUCAGCAAGCAAUGGAAGAACUGAAAGCUUCUUUCAGCAAAGGUGCAGGGGCUCAGACAGCAGAAUUUGCAGAGUUAAAAGCACAGAUGGAGAAGGUUAAAUUAGACUACGAGAAUGAAAUGUCAAAUUUAAAACUGAAGCAGGAAAAUGAAAAAUCUCAUCAUUUAAAGGAGAUUGAAGCACUGAAGGCAAAAUUGCUGGCGGUCACAGAGGAGAAAGAGCAAACCCUGGAAAACCUGAAGACCAAACUGGAAAGUGUGGAAGAUCAGCAUCUAGUAGAAAUGGAAGACACUUUAAACAAAUUACAGGAAGCUGAAAUAAAGGUAAAGGAGCUAGAUGUACUGCAAGCCAAGUGCAAUGAACAAACCAAACUUAUUGGUAGUCUUACACAACAGAUCAGAGCUUCUGAAGAAAAGCUUUUGGACCUUGCUGCACUUCAGAAAGCCAAUUCUGAAGGUAAAUUGGAAAUCCAGAAACUUAGCGAGCAGCUUGAGGCAGCUGAGAAACAGAUACAGAAUUUAGAGACUGAAAAGGUUGAUGGAAGUAGCAAGGCUAGUAAUCUGGCCAAAGAACUGCAGGGCAAAGAGCAAAAGCUUCUUGACCUUGAGAAAAACUUGAGUGCAGUAAAUCAAGUUAAAGAUUCUUUGGAAAAGGAACUUCAACUUUUGAAAGAAAAAUUUACUAGUGCAGCUGAUGGAACAGAAAAUGCUCAUCGCGCGAUGCAAGAAACAAUAGAAAAACUAAACCAAAAAGAAGAACAGUUUGCACUCAUGUCUUCAGAACUGGAACAGCUGAAGUCUAAUUUGACUGUGAUGGAGACUAAACUGAAGGAAAGAGAAGAGAGAGAACAGCAACUGACUGAAGCUAAAGCCAAACUAGAAAAUGAUAUUGCAGAGAUCAUGAAGUCAUCAGGAGACAGCUCUGCCCAGCUUAUGAAAAUGAAUGAUGAGCUACGGUUAAAAGAAAGGCAGUUGGAGCAAAUACAAUUUGAGCUUACAAAAGCAAAUGAAAAGGCUGUUCAGCUUCAGAAAAAUGUGGAACAGACAGCACAGAAAGCUGAGCAGAGUCAGCAAGAAACUCUCAAGACUCAUCAAGAAGAGCUGAAAAAAUUGCAGGAUCAACUAAUGGACAUAAAAAAGCAAAUGGAGACCAGUGAAAAUCAGUAUAAGGAUCUUCAGGCAAAGUAUGAAAAAGAAACUUCUGAGAUGAUCAGCAAACACGAUGCAGAUAUCAAAGGGUUUAAGCAGAACUUGUUGGAUGCAGAAGAGGCACUAAAAACUGCACAAAAGAAAAAUGAUGAGUUGGAAACACAGGCUGAGGAGCUGAAAAAGCAAGCAGAACAGGCUAAAUCCUUGAGCUCUGUGUUAGCAUCAGCCAGGAAAGAGAUUGAACUAAUGUCAGACAAGAUGAGGGAUUUAAUAUCAGAAAAAGAGACUCUGGCACAGGAGAGGAAUACUCUAAAAUUAGAGAAGGAGUCACUGUUAUCACAGCACCUAGAGAUGGAGUCAAAGAUUUUGUUAGUUGAGAAAGACGGAAAAGAGCUUUGGGCAAAAAAUGAAGAACUUAAUUCAGAAAAUAAAAAAAUUUUAAAGCAGAAAGAGGAAGCUGAGGCCAAAAGUCGUCAGGAAAGCACAGAAAAGGCAGCACUGGUUUCUGAGCAAAGCAAAUUGCUCUCUGAAAUAGAGACAGCACAGGCAGAUCUUCUGAAGGUAACUCAAGAAAAUGAUGCUCUCCGGUCUUCAGAGUCAACCUUGCUCCAGCAGUUGAAAGAACUUCAGGCCAACAAAGAUGCUAUGGAUGUGGCAUGUCAGAAACAUAUCAAGGAAUGGAAAGAACUGGAGCGUUAUCAGAAGAAGCUUUUGGAAGAGAAUGAUGCAGUCAUUAAAGACAAAGAUGAUGUCAUUCAGAAACUGCAAAGUUCUUAUGAUGACCUGGCUAGAAGUCAAAGAGAGCUACUGCAAGAAGUGUCAACUCUGACUGCAGAGAGAGAUUCAGCCCAGGAAAAAUACUUGGAUCUUAACAGUACACAUAUAGCCUUAACAACUCAAAUUGACUGUCUGCUGCAGACAAAUCAGAGUCUGCAGUCUGAGAAGGAGAUGCUCCUUAAAAGCAGAGAAGAGCUGUGUGUGAGUUUGGCCAAUAGUGUUAGUGAAAAACAGGCAUUAAAAGUGAGAAGAGACGAGAUGCAGACAGAACUAGAGGCUGAGCGUGAGAAACUUGAAAAGAUGACAAAAGACAAUAUGGAGUUGAAGGCUUCCCUUUCUAAUCUCUCUAAUUUUCUUGAGGAAAUGAAAUCCUCAAGAGAGACAUCUAACUCUGAACGUAUUUAUUUGCUUCAAGAGGCUCUUUCUGCAUCAGAACAAAGGCUUCUGACUGAAAGGGAGAAACUGCUAAAUGAAAAUAAGGCAGUUACUGAAAAGCUCGCGAAGGCCACAGCAGAUGCUGAGCUUGCUGAGAGAGCCUUCACUGAGAAGAUAAAUGAUUUGAACUUGGAAAAGGAAUCUGUUUUUUCUAAGUCACUGCAAUUUGAAAAGCACAAUGAAGCUCUUCUGCAAGAGAAGGAUGGUUUGGAGAGAAAGUACUCUGAGCUUGUUGAUGAGAAGAAGUCUCUUGAAAACACAGUUUCUGAAAUGAAGAGAGAGCAGGAGCUGGAUUUCUCAGCCAGGAGUGUUCUGGUCCAAGAGAAUGCCACCCUCAAAGAUUCCAUUGAAGCCCUCGAGGAGGAACUAAAGAAAAAGAAGCUAGAAAAUCAAGAGCUGAUAGCCUGUAAAAGUGACCUUUCAGAUCUUCUGAAGGAGGCCCAGGAUGCCAGAAGAACAUUAGAAAAUGAACUGGCUGCUGUAUCACUUGCCAAGCAGGUCCUGUCAUCUUCAUUCAGUACCUUUUCCUCUGAUAUAGAAAUACUGAACAGAGAGAGGACGGAAUUACAAGAGAAAUGCCAGAAAUUAACUGAUGAGGUUGAGAAUAUGAAAGAAAACUUAACCGUAGAAAAGAAAGCUAGAAUAUUGGAUAAGGAAUCCUUUUUGUUGGAACGUUUGGAGCUACAAAACAGCAUUAGUUUCUUAGAGAAGGAGAUGGAAGUGAUGAGAGAGAAAAAUAAAGAAUUUCUGACUGAGAAAGAGCUUCUGGUUCAGGAAAAAGAAAAAUCUGAAACUAAACUGGAGGAAGUAAUUAAAGAAAAAAAGGUUCUCUGUACAGAAACAGAGCAGCUGGCGUCCAAAAUUGAGCAACUGAAGAGUGACUUUACUUCCCUGUCUGCAUCAAAAGCAGAGCUUGAGGACAUGCACAGCUGUGUCUCUGUGAUGCAGGAUGAACUUCAGCACAGAUAUGAGGCGAUGGAGAAGGAGAAAAUGGAGUUAGUUCAGGAAAAUGAAAGUCUGCAUGCUGAGUGGAAGAGCCUGGUCAUCAUUAAUGAAGAAAUAAUAAAAGAGAAGGAGAAAUUGUCCAAAAAAUAUUGCAAACUGCGUGAGAAAGUAGUGGCACUUCUAGAGCAAACUGAUGCAGACUUCUCAUGCAGACUGCUGUUCUCUGAGGAAAAACAUGAGCUGCUGCUGGAGGAGAUGAGCAAUCUGGCUUUGAAACUAAGAGAAAUAGAGACUCUCCAGGCCCAAACAUUUGCUGACAAAAGAGCAGAAGAAGUUUUACAGACCAUGGAGAAGGUGACCAAAGAGAAGGAUGCCAUUCACCAAGAAAAGAUUGAAACUUUGGCAUCUUUGGAGAACUCCAGACAGACAAACGAGAAGCUGCAGAAUGAAUUGGACAUGCUUAAACAAAACAAUUUGAAAAAUGAAGAGGAACUCACUAAAUCAAAAGAGCUCCUGAACCUGGAGAACAAGAAAGUGGAAGAACUUAAAAAAGAAUUCGAAGCGCUGAAGCUGGCAGCUGCUCAGAAGUCCCAGCAGCUCGCGGCUUUGCAAGAGGAGAACGUGAAACUUGCCGAGGAGCUGGGCAGAAGCAGGGACGAAGUCACAAGUCAUCAGAAGCUGGAAGAGGAGAGAUCAGUACUCAAUAACCAGUUACUAGAGAUGAAAAAGAGAGAAUCCACGUUGAAAAAAGAAAUUGAUGAAGAGAGAGCAUCUUUACAAAAAUCCAUCAGUGACACUAGUGCCUUGAUCACACAGAAAGAUGAAGAACUGGAAAAACUCAGAAAUGAGAUCACGGUGCUCCGUGGAGAAAAUGCUUCUGCAAAAACCUUACAGUCAGUGGUUAAGUCACUGGAGUCUGAUAAGUUGAAACUUGAGGAAAAGGUGAAGAAUUUGGAGCAAAAACUCAAGGCAAAAAGCGAACAGCCAUUAACUGUAACUAGCCCCUCAGGUGAUAUUGCUGCUAAUCUACUUCAAGAUGAAAGUGCAGAAGAUAAACAGCAAGAGAUUGACUUCCUGAAUUCAGUGAUAGUAGAUCUGCAAAGGAGAAAUGAAGAACUGAACUUGAAAAUACAAAGAAUGUGUGAAGCAGCCCUCAAUGGCAAUGAAGAGGAGACAAUCAACUAUGACAGUGAGGAGGAAGGCCUGUCCAAGAAGACGCCUCGCCUCUUCUGCGACAUCUGCGGCUGCUUUGAUCUCCACGACACCGAGGACUGCCCGACCCAGGCGCAGAUGCUGGAGGAGCCUCCACACUCCACGUACCACGGCAGCAGGCGGGAGGAGCGGCCCUACUGCGACACCUGCGAGAUGUUUGGGCACUGGACAGCUGACUGCAAUGACGACGAGACCUUCUGACACAGCACGCGGCCGGGGCCGGCCUGUCUGCGUGCCCAUCGGACAUUUACACAACCAGCAUUUCUGUGUGCUGAAUGUCAGGACAGGGGAUGGUGUUUCUUGACCCCCUUGUUCCCUUUCCCUUUGCCCAUCCACUUUAGAGUCAGUAAAUUCAUAAAUAUUUUCCUCCUCCACUAAUAAGUACCCCAUUUCCCUUUAUUAAACUUAAGUGAGGUAUAAAUAAAUGAUUUAAUGGAUGACUUUAUGCUGUUUCUUCCCAGGCUCUGGGUUUGUUUCAGCUCUAACACGUCGUGCCCCCGUGCUGUUGGAUCUGUUGGUGGGAAAACAUGUAUAGGAACAAAGCACUAUAGUUAUAUUAAAGCUUAUUUAAAUACUUUAAAAUUAUGCUGUUAAUUUUCAUAUUUGCACUAAACCAUUUUAAAGCUGCAUUUGUACAUUUAGAUUUUUAUGCUUUUUUUGACACUGGACUGGGUUGAGAACUAUGUUGUGUUAAUUUCCAUUUCCUUGUUCGCUUGCAGUUUGUGCCCUUGGCCUCCAGCUCUGCCUCUGGCCCGGAGGGCUGCAGUACCCUGCCUCGGGUGUGCAGUGCAGACAGGAUAAGGCGCUGCUGUGGGCUUUUUAGAGACCCAUCUGCUGCGUACACCUGAAACAGUUUGAGGCAUGCCUUUUUUUUUUUUCGGCAUUCUUUCAUCUUCUAUACAGUGAGCGUGUGUUUGUGUGUAUAUACAUAUAUAUAUUAAAGUUAUAUUUUGAGAAAAAAAAA